AAAAGACGAAGUUCCUGUUUUACAUUAAGUAGCUCCAACAUUGAAUUUCUUCAGAUUUCAACUCGCAAAAAUCUAUAUGUGGUAUCCUGCAGAUAUGCAGCAGCUAUUAGAUAAAGAAGAGGUUCCCCCAGAACAGUGCUGGAACUCGAGCCUGGACCCAGAGGACUCAGAUCCCCUACACAUUAAACAAGAACAGGAGGAACUCUGGUCCAGUCAAGAUGAGGAACAGCUUCAAGAACUGGAGGAGGAUGAUAUCAUCAAGUUCACAUUGACUCACAUCCCUGUGAAGUUUGAAGGUGAUGAAGAGAAACCUGAACCCUCAUGGCUUCAUGAAAGCCAAACUGAGGAGAACAGAGAGGCAGAGUCUCGAGCCAGCACCUCAACAGAACACAUGAAAACAGAAUCUGACGGAGAGGACUGUGGAGGACCAGAACCAGACACCAACUCGGAACCAGAGGAUAAGGCAUCAAACUGUUCUGAAGUUGAUACUGAUAAUAGUGAUGAUUGGAAGAAGGCCAGAGAAUCUUCACUGUUAAACUCUCUGACGAACAAUGAAAUCCCUGUAAGCGCAGUGAGAAGUAAUGAUGCUGAGAAACGAUUUAGCUGCUUUGCGUGCGGUAAAAGAUUACGCUACAAGAGCCGACUGAAUGACCAUGUGAGGAUUCAUACAGGAGAAAAACCAUUCAGCUGCUCUGAGUGUGAUAAAAAAUUUAGAUCUCAAGACAAUCUGGCUAAACACAACAAAAUUCAUACAGGAGAGAAACCAUAUCACUGUUCUGAAUGUGGCAAAAGCUUUUGCCCAAAGAGCAGUCUGAACAGACACAUGAGAAUUCAUAAAAAACAGAAACCAUUCAGCUGCUCAGAGUGCGAAAAAACAUUUAUAUACAAGCACCACCUGAAGGAGCACAUGAGAAUCCACACUGGAGAGAAACCAUUUAGGUGCUCCAUUUGUGGGAAAGGAUUUCCUCAGGCGUCGUCCUUGACAUACCACAUGAGAUGUCAUACAGGAGAGAAACCUUUUAGCUGUUCAGUUUGUAACAAACGUUUUAGGCAUCGUGGACAAAUUGGAACGCAUAUGAUCGUCCACACAAGAGAAAAACUGUUCAGAUGCAGUGUUUGUGGUAAAGGCUACAGCAGAAAGUCCUGUUUGAGGAGGCAUAAGUGUGUUGAGGUGGCAGAUGCUGAUGUUCGACCUCUUAUGAACUUUCCUAACGAACAGUUUGUGGACUUGCCAGUGGGGCAGGUGGCAAAUCAGUCACCUCAGGGGCAGGAGAAACUAGCACCUGCCCUGGAAGAACUGCACCACCCCGCAAAGGACUUGAUACAAAACAGAACUUCAAAAGUCCUGAAUUUUGUUACGGCCCUUUACACUACAGUCCCGCAGCAAUACCAACUGCCCUCCCUGCAGAGGAACAUCCUGGACCCGCUGAUUGUAGUUGUUCCGUCGAUGCUCCAUUGCCAACCUCAGCCUCUCUCUGGCACCCUCAAAUGCCAUCUGCAGAUGGGCUUGGUGCUCUUGGAUCCAUUCAGAAACACCACCCCCAACUGGACUUUGGACACGGCCCAACAAAAAGCAACACCAGCUGCAACACCCCCUCGGUACCAUCAGGGUGAAAGGCCCGCUGAUACAACAUGCCCCUCUUCUCCACCAAGCGGUCCCACUGAUGGAGCAGAACCAGGGCAGGGUGAGAGAGUUGUUUGCACUCCACAUAAGUUGGAGCCGCUUCUGCACCCAGAAAGCCAAAAGUUCUUGGAUAACAGGGUCAGCCUGUUGGAGUUGGGAGAGAUCCCGGCGAGCAUAGUGAGGCAGAGCAACAACAGCACCCUGAAUUGCUUCAGCUGCACUAGGCUGCAGUACUUGCUCACAGUCUGUGACGGGAUCUGUGACACUGUAACUGAAAUAACUGCUUCAGUGUGUCCUGCAGAUGUGCAGCAGAUGUUGGUGGUUAAAGACGAGGAUCUGGACCAGGAGGAACCGGAUCCCCCACACGUUAAAGAGGAAGACGAGGAGACUGAUAUCACCGAGUUGGCAUUGGCUCAUGUCCCUGUGAAGAGUGAAGAUGAUGAAGAGAAACUGCAGUUGUCACAGCUUCAUCAGAAACAAACUGAGGAGACCAGAGGGGCGGAGCUUCAGGAGGACUGUGGAGGACCAGAACCAGACACAGACUCAGAGUCAGAAAGUGACGACGAGGCUUCAGAGUCUUCUGGCACCGAGACUGAUAACAGUGAUGACUGCAAGGAGAGUGGAGACAGUCAGACACGUUGGAACUCUGUAAGAAAUACUGAAGUUGCUGGAAGUGACACAAGCAAGAAAGUAAACCGCUGCACUGAGUGUGGGGAAAUAUUUGGCUACAAGAGCCACCUGAAGGCACACAUGAUCUGUCACACGCAGGGGAAACAGUUCAGCUGCCCCGAGUGUGGCAAGAGACUACGGCACAAACGCAAUCUGAAGACACACAUGAGAACUCAUACAGGAGAGAAACCAUUCAGCUGCUCUGAGUGCAGUCAAGCAUUUAGACACAAACACAGUCUGAAGACACACAUGAGGACUCACACAGGAGAGAAACCAUUUCGUUGUGCUGGCUGCAGUAAAACCUUUCGUUCAAAGAACAAUCUGACACAGCACAUCAGACUGCACACAGGAGAAAAACCUUACAGCUGUUCCAUUUGUAAGAAACAUUUUCGACACAGUGGUCAUGUUGUGAGACACAUGACCGUCCACACAGGAGAGAGACCGUUCAGAUGCACCAGCUGUGGGAAAGGAUACAGCAAAAAGUCCUACCUGGAAAACCACGAAUGUGUUCCCUAUGAAGAGACAAAACCCAAAACCAUCCAGCUGGAAUGAUCAUCCUUCAUGAUGUUACAUUUCUGUCCAUCCUGAUAUCACAGACAAAUCCUAAACUGUUCAACAGCUUUUCACCAGCUGCGAGACAUCUGUGCGGCUGUGGAGAACAACAAACGUUAUUCACAUUUCACAGAAUCAAACAUUUUGUAGUUCCUACUGAAACCAGUAAUCAUAAUCAUCUAAACCAGUUUUGAUUAAAAAAUUCUGUUAGACACAUUUUAUUUUUUAUUUUUUAAAACC